GAGCCAACGAAAACGACGUUCUUGCCAACGCAGCCGACUCGACCACCGGCCAGAGCCAUAACCAGAGCCAUAACCAGAGCGAGAACUGGAACUGGAACCAGAGCCCAUUAGCCACCGAUCCAACCUGCCUGUGAAGCAACAUGGACGCCAUGGAAUUGUAUCGCGCGGAGCGCAUGGAGGAGGACAACUUCUUCUCCGACAACGUCGUCACCAAGUACCGAACCGCUGCCGACCUCGCCAACGAAACAAUGAAAACCGUUGCCGCGGCCUGCGUUGCCGGGCGCAAGAUUGUCGACAUCUGCAGGCUCGGAGACGAUAUGAUCCUGGAUAUGACUUCGAAGGUCUUCAAAAAGUCGGGAGUCGAACGUGGAAUUGCUUUCCCAACGUCACUCAACAUCAACAACGUCGUGAAGAACUUCUCCCCGUUCCCCGAAGAUGAAACAACGCUGAACGCAGGAGAUGUUGUCAAGAUCGAGCUUGGUGUCCACAUUGAUGGCUAUAUCGCUGUCCUUGGACACACGGUCAUCGUCAACCCCCAGCCUCAGACGCCCAUAACCGGCCGCGCAGCGGACGUUGUUUGUGCCGCUCACUAUGCUGCUGAGGCAGCGGCUCGAAUCGUGCAGCCCGGAAUGAAGAGUCACGAUUUGGUCGAAGCGAUCCAACGCGUCGCAGCGGCGUUCAACUGCCGAGUUGUCGAAGGCGUCGAGACACAUUUGAUGAAGCGCUAUGUUCUUCAGGCUCCCGUGAAUACGAUUCCAGGACAGCCGACUCUCGAGUCUCUGCCAGACGACUUUGUUUUUGAGGAGCACCAGGCCUACUCGGUCAACAUUGUUAUGACUUCGGGAAGCGGAAAGGCCAAAUCUUCGGAUGACCCGCGUCAGACUCUGAUCCUCCAGCGAGAUGCCAACCAAACCUACAACCUGAAGCUCAAAGCCGCGCGUGCCGCCCUCAGUGUUGCGUCUGAAACGUUUGGCUUCUUCCCUUUCGCCACGCGCACCUUGCUCGACAUGGAUCCUCGGCACAAACUGGGUCUGCAGGAACCACUCCAGCACCAGAUUCUGAUCCCUCACAGCACACUCUAUGAAGACAGAGUUCAUGAGUCGGAGCAAGUAGUCAGCGCACAGUUCCGAUUCACCAUCUUGCUGCUGCCAUCCGGCCCGCUCCGAAUCACUAUUGGUCAGGAGACCCUGCCGCUUCCAUAUGUUCACUCGAACUACGAACUGGAGCCUGCUGGUAUAUCGGAGCUGCUGAAGCGACAGGGCGCAAGAAUGGUGAAGAGUAAAUUGCCCGCAAUGAAGCAGGACAACUCAAUGGAGAUGUAACAACUGCCGCAUGUGCCUCUGGAGCCAAUAAACACGUCACAGCAAUCACCCUGAUGACCAUGAUUGUGCUGAAUUGGGUUACUGAACAAUUAUGCUGCAC